CUCCCCGGGCUCGUGGCGGAAGAUGAUCGAAGUGAAUCUCCUAGUUAUUCUCCGCAAGAGUUCGCUUUUUUGAUGGACUCUCCGUCGGGGAAGUCUACUGGCGCUAUUGAUGAUGCUGUACUUUCAAUUGUAAGUGUACUUAGGGAGAAUGGCGGUUUGGGGGAGGAAGCUCAGAAACUUCUUAGGCAGUUUAGGGAGAAGCUGAAUCCGGAUUUGAUUGUUCGGGUUCUGAGAGAGGUCCGGGAUGCUGAAUUGGGCGUGAAGUUUUACAUGUGGGCUGGUAGGCAAAUUGGGUAUAAUCAUAAUGCAGCUGUUUUCGAUGCUUUAAUUGAUGUUGUAGUCACCAGGGAAGCUGGUAGUUCCGAGAACGAGAAAGUUCCGGAGAGAAUUCUCCAUGUUCUUAUGGAUGAUGAUAAGGAAGUUCUGGGUAAAUUGCUGAAUUUCAUGGUCCUAAAGUGCUGCCGAAGUGGGUUGUGGAAUUUGGCGCUAGAAGAGCUAGAGAGGCUCAAGAAUUUAGGGUACAAGCCCUCUAGAGUCACCUACAAUGCCUUAGUUCAGGUUUUUCUGCAAGCGGGUAGGUUGGAGACUGCUUCUUUGAUUUACAAGGAAAUGUCAGGGUUAGGGUUUAAGAUGGAUAUGCACACACUGAAUUGCUUUACGCGCUCAUUGUGCAAGGGAGGUAAAUGGAGAGAAGCUCUCGAUUUGAUGGAGAAGGAAGGGUUUGUUGCGGAUACUGUGAUAUACACCUCGAUGAUUUCUGGGCUGUGUGAAGGUUCUUUUUUUGUAGAGGCUAUGGAUAUUUUGAACUUGAUGCGCUCUAGUUCGUGCAUCCCCAAUAGAGUAACUUAUGAGACCUUACUUUGCUCCUGUUUGAACCAAAGAAAACUGGGCUGGUGUAAGAGAAUUCUUAACAUGAUGAUUGUGGAAGGUUGCUAUCCAGGCCAAAAGAUAUUCAAUUCUCUUGUUCAUGCUUAUUGCAGAUCAAUGGAUUAUUCGUAUGCCUAUAAAUUACUCAAGAAAAUGGAGCGAUGUGGCUGCCAACCUGGUUAUGUCGCCUACAACAUACUGAUUGGAGGUAUGUGCGGCAAUGAUGACUUACCGAGCAAGGAAAUAAUGCAACUGGCUGAAAAAAUCUAUGGGGAAAUGAUUGAUGCAGGGGUUGUUUUGAAUAAAGUCAAUGUCAGCAAUUUCGUCCGCUGUCUUUGUGCUUUCCAAAAGUUUGAGAAAGCUUUUCGUGUAAUUCAAGAAAUGAUGAAAAAGGGUUUUGUUCCCGACGUUAGCACAUACUCUAAAGUUAUAGGCUUCCUUGGUAAUGCCUCAAAAAUAGACAAGGCAUUCAUGUUGUUUCAAGAAAUGAAAAAUAAUGGGCUUGUUCCUGAUGUUUAUACAUAUACGAUGCUGAUUGACUGUUUCUGCAAAUCUGGAUUCAUUCAACAGGCUCGUAGUUGGCUUGAUGAGAUGAGAAGUGUUGGCUGUAUGCCCAAUGUAGUGACUUAUACAUCUCUUUUACAUGCAUACCUCAAACAAAAGAGGAUUUCUGAGGCAAAUGAGCUCUUUGAGCUAAUGCUGUCUGAAGGGUCCAUUCCUAAUGUUGUGACCUUUACUGCUUUGAUUGACGGCUUCUGCAAAGCAGCGAAUGUAGAGAAGGCCUGCCAGAUUUAUGAAAAAAUGAAGGGAAGUGUUAACACUUCUGAAGUAGACAUGUACUUCAAGACAACAGAUAUGGGUAAUAUAGAGAAGCCUAAUCUUGUUACCUAUGGGGCUUUAGUGGAUGGCCUGUGCAAAGCACAUAGGGUGAAGGAUGCUCGUGAUCUGUUGGAUUCGAUGACAGUGGAUGGGCAAGAGCCAAAUGUUAUUAUAUAUGAUGCUCUAAUUGAUGGGUUUUGCAAGGCAGGAGAGAUAAAGGAAGCACAUGAAGUGUUUUCCAGAAUGUUGGAGCAUGGGUAUGAUCCAAGUGUUUUCACGUACAAAAUGAUAGAUGGUCUAUGUAAGAUGGGAAAGACUGAUGAAGCUUACAAGCUUAUGUUGAUGAUGGAAGAGAAGGGUUGCAAGCCAAAUGUUGUGACUUAUACUGCAAUGAUAGACGGAUUUGGUAAAGCUUGUAAAGUGGAAAAGUGCCUUCAGCUAAUCCAGCAGAUGGUUUGUAAGGGUUGUGCACCAAAUUAUAUUACUUAUGUGGUCACGAUCAAACACUGUUGUUCUGCUGGGCUUCUGGAUGAGGCUGUCCAACUACUAGAGGAGAUGAAACAAACACACUGGCCAAGACAUAUGGACAGUUAUCAUAGGAUUAUUGAAGGCUUCAACAAAGAGUACUUGAUCAGUCUUGGCUUAUUGGAGGAAAUGAGUGCGAACAGUUGUGUCUCCUAUUUUCCUGUAUACAGGAUUUUGAUAGAUAGCUUUCUCAAAGCAGGAAGACUGGAAGUGGCUGCUGACCUACAUAAAGAGAUUUCAUCACCUUCACAUCAUGACAAGAAUGUUUAUGCUUCUUUAAUCCAGAAUCUUUGUGUUAAUAUGAAAGUUGAUAAAGCAUUUGAGUUAUAUGCCGACAUCAUAAAGAAAGGGGUAAUUCCGGAAUUGAGUGUCUUUGUUAACCUCAUCAAAGGGCUUACAUUGGCCAACCAAUGGGAGAAUGCACUUGAACUCUCUAAGAGUCUUUGUGACAUGGAUGGCUGGCUACCAGCUAACAAGAAAAUGGAUGGCAGCUAAUAUGAUAUAUGGCUUCAUCUAAGUUUGUUCCUUUGCCUACUCACAUGUUGCCACAAAGUUCAUUAAGGAUAUUCAAGCAACACAACGCUGGAACCUCUACUCCAAACACCAUUUGCCUGAACUCUGGGCCAUUGAGAUAGUCUUGCUGAGUUGACAUGUGUUGUAUUCCAGUUGCAGCGAGUGCCACAGAUAUAUAUGUCCAUGAACAAGAAUAUAAUAUCAGAUAUCAAAGGGCACCACUAUUCAUCUCCAAUGGCGGGUUCACCUUGAGGCCAAAAACGGACACUCCAUGGUACUGGAAGAAAAUGUGUAAAUAUAUGGACAAUAUCAGUUCAUCUAAUAUCAGAAGAGGGGUCUUGGAGAAAGCUCUAAUGAUCUGCUGGGAUUGUGAUCAAACCCUUAGUGGGGGUACCUCUAGUGCGGGCUAAACUCUGCCAACCCAAACAUCAUGUCCUGUUAUGGUUGUCGCCGAAGGAGAGGCUCUUUGUUAAAACAAGAGUUGCCAAAUAUUUAAAUACUGACAAGGACUGUUUUGUGCAAUAAAUGAGGGUAAUGAAGAACAGAUGUAGGCAAAAGUGGCCUUGUUUAAAGAAACUGGAUGGGAGAGGAUGGAAGAGGAAAAUGGCCUCAGAUUUCCAGGAAUGGCAAGUGAAAUGUGAUAGGGUGAACAGGGAGCAGCUGUGUGUUAUCAUGAAUCCCUCCACAACUAUGUCAGCCAUCAUCAAUGAACAUGUUGCCCAAUU